AUGCCUCUGGAUGGGUGGUACAGAAUCCCCAAACCAAACACAGGCACCCAGGGCACUAGCAGGGAUACAAUUGUCCGUUUCCAGCAAAGUCGGGAACGACUGGCCUUCAUGGCGGCCAUCCGCAACAGGUCACCUUAUCAAUUUGAGGAACACUCCUUACCAUUCUUCCCAAACCUGUCCAGAGCCACCCUGGAAUGGCGACGCUCUCCGUGCCCUCUAACAAAGGAGCUCCUCGCCCACACAAUACCAUACCGCUGGGGAACGCCAAGAAGCCUAAUCAUCCAGAAGGACAAUGGCGACCUGAAAGUCACUACCACUGACGAAAUCCCUGACGCUAUACGGGCCCUAGGGCUGUCCACGCAGGUAGCCACAGAGCUGACUCAGCCACCACCUUCAACAUCAGCUUGCUGGGAUCCCGCAAAGGUUCGUCCGAUCGUUCCUGCGGCUCAGAGGGGAGAUCCGUUGGCAGCUCUGGGAUCCUGA